GCAAAACCCCAGUUGAAAUUUGGCCCCAAAAUGAUACUCCAACUCCACUACCAUGAAUUUUGACACGAGAGUUUUAAUGUUCCUAGUGUUACUGAUCCUAGUGGAGGGUGCGAUUGCGAGUGUGCGCACUGCCCACGAAGAAGGAGCAAUAUUUGUUUGUGGCUGAAAAGGGUAGCGUGCGCCUUGUGAAAGCUACUUUUUUGGGCCCCAAAAUGAGCGAUGAUUGGCUUUCCAGCAGAACUACUGAGCCGAGGACUUCAACUCUCUUUCAAACAUUUUGGAGCCUCAGAGCUUAAGUUUUGGAGGCUAUCUGUAUCCACAUGAGAAGAAUCUCAACCAGUCCAAGUGGAUGGAGGUGGCCCAUCCUUUGCUCACGAGCUAAUAUUUUCCUGGUUUGUUAUUGUGGAAGUGGGUUCUGUUUAAAGAUAUCUUCACUGGGACGAGGUUAUUAAUCUUGAAGUUUAUGUAGCUCAGUAUUGGAUUCUGCGAAUUUGGUUCUAGUUGGCUUGCAACUUAUCUGAAACUGAAUUCAAUUUGAGGAAUAGUGAUUAUCCAGUUCACUAUGAGGAUAGUUUGCAUUCUAGUAUUGAUACUUCUCUUCAGUGGGAGUUACUCAUUUGGAGACGGCGCAAAUGUAUCUCCGAGACCUGAAGUUGUCAACAUUGGGGCUUUAUUCUCUUUCCGUUCUAUGAUAGGCAAAGUUGGAAAAAUUGCUGUAGAAGCUGCCAUCGAGGAUGUAAAUUCUAAUCCAUCCAUUAUGGGGGGGACGAAACUGAAGCUCAGUUUACAUGAUACCAACUACAGUGGAUUUUUGGGCAUCAUUGAAUCCUUGCGUUUCAUGGAGACCAAGACUAUGGCCAUAAUUGGCCCCCAAAAUUCUGUAACUGCUCAUGUCAUAUCUCAUAUUGCAAAUGAGCUCCAAGUUCCUCUAUUGUCAUUUUCAGCAACAGAUCCCACACUGUCAUCACUUCAGUUUCCUUUCUUUAUCAGAACUUCGCAGAAUGAUCUGUAUCAGAUGGCUGCAGUAGCUGAAAUAGUUGACUACUUCCAAUGGAAAGAGGUGAUUGCUAUCUUUGUUGAUGACGAUCAUGGUAGAAAUGGUAUUGCUGCAUUGGGGGAUCAACUUAAUGAGAGACGAUGCAAGAUCUCAUUAAAAGUACCAUUGAAGCCUGAUGCUAGUCGAGAUGUGGUCACUGAUGCACUUGUUAAGGUGGCUUUAACCGAGUCUCGAAUACUUGUUAUUCACACUUAUGAGACCACAGGUAUGGUUGUGCUCAGUGUGGCUCAAUAUCUUGGAUUGACAGGGCCUGGGUACGUUUGGAUAGCCACUAACUGGCUUUCUUUGCUACUCGACACAAAUUCUCCUCUUCCUACUACUUCUAUGGAAAAUAUUCAAGGACUUGUUGCUUUACGUCUUUAUACACCAGAUUCUGUACUCAAAAGGAAUUUUGUUUCAAGGUGGACCAAUUUCACUGAUGUAAAGUCAUCAAGUGGUUCGCUCGGAUUGAGUACUUAUGGAUUAUAUGCUUAUGAUACUGUUUGGAUACUUGCUCAUGCAAUAAAUGCAUUUCUUAAUGAAGGUGGAAAUCUUUCAUUUUCAACACUUUCGAAGUUAACCGGGGUUGAUGUUAGAACUUUGAAUCUCAACUCUAUGAACAUCUUCAAUGGUGGGAAGACACUACUGGACAAAAUUUUAGAAGUCAAUUUUACUGGAAUAACAGGUUCAGUUGAGUUCACUCCAGAAAGGGAUUUAAUUCAUCCUGCGUUUGAAGUGAUCAAUAUAAUCGGCACAGGGGAAAGAAGAAUUGGUUAUUGGUCUAACUAUUCUGGCCUGUCAAUUGUGCCUCCUGAAACACUUUACUCGAAACCACCUAACCGAACCAGUUCAAAUCAAAAGCUAUAUGAUGUGGUAUGGCCUGGACAAGCAACACAGAAGCCUCGUGGGUGGGCAUUUCCAAACACUGGGAGAUAUUUAAGAAUUGGAGUUCCGAGGCGAGUCAGUUAUCAAGAAUUUGUCUCACAAGUAGAAGGAACGGACAUGUUCACAGGCUUCUGCAUCGAUGUCUUCACUGCAGCAAUCAAUUUCUUGCCUUAUGCAGUCCCCUAUAAGUUAAUUCCUUUUGGGGAUGGCCUUACUAAUCCUAGUGGAACUGAACUGAUUCGACUAAUCACAACUGGCGUCUAUGAUGGGGCGAUAGGGGACAUUGCAAUCAUCACAAACCGAACCAGGAUGGCUGAUUUUACACAACCAUACAUAGAGUCUGGCCUAGUAGUUGUAGCCCCAGUGAAGAAGUUGAAUUCUAGCGCUUGGGCCUUUUUACGACCGUUCACUGCGAGGAUGUGGUGUGCUACCGCUGCUUCUUUCAUUGUAAUAGGAGCAGUUGUUUGGAUUUUGGAACAUAGGAUAAAUGAUGAUUUUCGUGGCCCUCCGAAGAAACAAGUUAUCACCAUUCUAUGGUUCAGCUUUUCAACUCUAUUCUUCUCUCAUCGGCAAAAUACAGUCAGUGCCCUCGGUCGCCUCGUGCUGAUCAUAUGGCUAUUUGUUGUUCUAAUUAUCAAUUCAAGCUAUACUGCAAGUUUGACUUCUAUCCUUACAGUUCAACAACUUUCUUCUCCUGUGAAGGGGAUUGAAACUUUGAUUUCGAACAAUGAACCAAUUGGCUACCAGCAGGGUUCAUUUGCUCGAAACUACUUGAUUGAGGAACUUGGCAUUCAUGAGUCGAGACUCGUUCCACUCAUCUCAGCAGAACACUAUGUCAAAGCCUUGAACGAUGGGCCAACAAAUAAUGGUGUUGCUGCUAUUGUCGAUGAGCGAGCAUAUGUAGAGCUCUUCCUUUCAACCCGUUGUGAAUACAGUAUUGUUGGCCAAGAGUUCACAAAAAAUGGGUGGGGAUUUGCUUUCCCUCGCGACUCUCCAUUAGCAGUUGACAUGUCCACAGCUAUUUUAAGACUGUCCGAAACCGGAGAUCUUCAAAGAAUCCAUGACAAAUGGUUAAUGAAAAGUGCCUGCACAUCACAAGCCUCAAAAAUUGAGGUGGAUCGACUUCAGCUAAAUAGCUUUUGGGGACUUUUUCUAAUAUGUGGAGUAGCUUGUGUGCUCGCUCUAUCAAUAUACCUCUUUCAAAUGGUGCGUCAAUAUAGCGAACAUUACACUGAAGAACUCGGGUCUUCUGAGCAACCAUCUAGAUCUGCAAGCCUACAUAGAUUCCUUUCUUUUGCAGAUGAAAAAGAAGAAGUCUUCAAAAGUCAAUCCAAGCGAAGACGAAUGCAAGAGGCUUCAGUUAGAAGCGUGAAUGAAGAAAAUUCAACAGGCAGUUCAAGAAAAAAUGGCCAUGGUUAUGCUGAUGGAGUUGAUGCAUGAUUCCUAUAGACUAACAUAUACGGAUACAAUUUAGAAUAACAUAUAAUAUUAGUGCUUAUUCGAUUUUCUUUAACAAUAUCGUCCAGUUGCUUGUAGAAUUCGAUAAGUUGGCUAGCUAUUAUAAGAAAAAUGAAGUUCUACAAACAUUUGAACUCUUGUUCUAUGUUAAGUACGGAAUUUUCAUAAUCAUGUACAAAUUAUAGUUAUUUGUAAACUGUACACAAGAUUUAUUUCAGCUAUAUUUACAGUUUGUAUUUGAUAA